AUGCGUCAAAUUCAAAUCGACCAUGAUCAGUCGCCCCUAGAUGACGACCUUUUUGAUGCUGAAGGCCCACUCCCCGACUUUACAUUCGAAGAAAUGUCGACUUUGGCCGUCGUUCCGAAUUGGAACGCCUUGAAAGGACUGCCAGUUUGUCAACGUGAAUGUAACGUCGCGUUCACGGCCGCAAUGAAAGUGGCAUUCAAGGCGGAGAACAACUUGGAUCGGUUUGAUGGGGUUUGCCAGUAAGUUGUUUAGCUUACCCUUUACCAUACCCUACUCUACCUUACCCUACUUUACUCUACCCUUUCUUACAUUACAUUACCCUACCCUACUUUAUCAUACCCACCCUACCGGGCCAAGUUUUGAAAGUUUGAAAAAUGAUUUUAUAUUAACCAUGAUGACUUAGAUAAGGGGUUGGGGAAAAGUAGUGGUUCUUGGUCAUUUUUUGCCGUACUAGGCUAGUUUUUGGUACACUAAAGCACAAUGAACUACUUUAUGAUACUGUCAUGACAAAAUUUUAAAUUUUUGUUUAAAUUGAAUGCGGCGGUUAAUUUAAGAAUGAUCAGUUCAGUUUUAGUCUGUUAAGCAGUAGAAAUACCUUACCCUACUCUACACUACUCUACCCUAUCCUACGCUACCCUACCCUAUUCUACCCUACCCUACCUACCCUACUCUACCUUAUCCUACCCUACCUUAUCCUGCUUUGCCUUACUCUACUCAACCCUAUCCUAAUCUCGUCCUAUUCAGCAUAAAGUAGGCUUAUCCUUAACUUAGUCUAAGAUCUAAAAAUGCAAAACUAGUCGUUCACAGAAGUCAAAAACCUCAAAAUUCGUAAUGGCUACGUAAAGAAGCUUUACGCUUUUGAAGUGCUAUAUAAAACGUAUAUGGAAAGAUACGUGUAUCAUUAUACAUGAUAUAUGUUCCUCUACGUAAUAACGUAUUAUACUAGGUUUUCAAAAUGAGUAUUACUAGCCAACCUUAGUUUACGUUUUUAAGCCUACGCCACAGACCUGGCCCUCAAAUUAGCCAUAUGCCUACCCUAGCUUUAGCUGUCUUCCCCAUACCCAAAAUACCCUAUCUCUAGCCCUAUCCCUGCCUUAGCUCUAGCACUAUCCCAGUCUUGGUACUAGCCCUAUCCCUGCCUUAUCACUAGCCCUAUCACUGCCUUAGCUCUAGCACUAUCCCUGUCUUGGUUCUAGCUCUAUCCCUGCCUUAUCUCUAGCCCUAACCCUGCCUCAUCUCUAGCCCUAGGUUUAACCCUCUAACAAUUGUAAGGUGUCCUGCAUCGAACCUCUUUUCCCUAUCCUGUCUUAGCCCUACCCUAUCCCUAGCUGUACAUUAGCGAUACUUUUUUAUACAAAGCCGGUAUAUUCUUACGUAGUGGCGAAUUUUACCGCGGAUUACAUAAAAUUUUGAUGUUAUAGAUAGCCUUAGAGAAAUUACAAGAAUUCGUAUUACGCAACUUUUUCUUAUGUAAUAUUAUUUACUUUUGUAAUAUUUGCCUCGAUGUAAAACGACCCAACAAAUGACUGCGAGUGCUAGGAUCUUGCUAUAAUUUUCUGCGGGGGAUUACCCUUUACCUUUCAUUUUAUGUGUCAGCAUAUUACCCUAGCCUAAGCCGUAGCAUAAGCCAUAGACUAAGCCAUAGCCUAAGCCGUAGCCUAAGCCGUUGCCUAAGCCGUAGCCUAAGCCGUAGUCUAAGCCGUAGCCUAAGCUUUAGCUCCAUUCCAAGUUUCAGCCCUAUCCUGAGCUCAAGCUCCAGCAUAAACUCUAAACAAAAAGCUAGUCCAGACCUUGUCCUAGCCUGAGCCCUAGCCAGAGAGAUUAUGUUCCAGGUCUAGUCUUAGACAGCUUCAGCAGUAGUCCAUGUUCCAGCCAUAGCCGAAACCUAGCCUCAAUCCUAGGCAAAGUCGUAGCCCUAACUAUAGCGUUAGUCCAAGUUUUAGCCCUAGUCUAACUCCUAAACUUAAAUUCACAUAUGUUUUUUUUUCAGAAACUACGAGAACGGUGUGGCAUGUCAAGACAGUUUAGUAGACUGUCCAGGCCGUGACACAUUCGACGUUCUGACUAGUGGACUUCAUUUUAUGUGUAUUGAACAAAAGAAGGCGUUUCAGCGAAUUCUGAACUGUAUCGACUCGGAAAGAGUUCAAGUCCAACAACGUAGGACAUUUUUAAAUUUUCAAAAAAUUAAAAAUUUUUUUUUAAUUUUCAAACUUUCAGAUUGUGAAAAAGUAUGUCGCGGCCGAGUUAGACUAACCAAUUGGGCCACUCAAAGUGGCUUACUAGACAUUUUUGGGGCUUAUGACAAAGCUGCGCCCAGGUUUGAUGGAGAACAGUUUCGGGCUGUCAUGCAAGACGUUUGCGAGUAGGUUUUAAAAUUUUACUUGUAAAGAAAGUUCUUGCCAUUUUUUGCUUUGUAAACAAAGUUCUUUCCGUUGUUCGUUUUGUAAACAAAGUUCUUUCCGUUGUUCGUUUUGUAAACAAAGUUCUUGCCAUUUUUUACUUUGUAAACAAAGUUCUUGCCACUUUUUGUUUUGUAAACAAAGUUCUUGCCAUUUUUUGUUUUGUAAAGAAAGUUAUUGCAAUUUCGCACUCUGUAAACAAAGUUCCUUUCAUUUCCGUCAAAAUUCCCUUUCAGUCUAGCCAAAUGCUACCUCACCUGUGUCCGCACCGACUACAACAACAAGUGUGGCAACAGUGCUGGUACUCUCAUUUCCGAAGCGAUUGUUCGACCAAUGGCGGAAGGCCAAUCAGAGCCAGUGAUUCAACAUAUGAGUGGGUUCAUGAACAUCUUCAUGCCUUCUCAAUGUGGAUUCUUCUUGAACAAAGACGAAUUGGCACCACAUCGGAUCGAUCCUCAUCUGAGUGAGGCAUUGAAGCGAGAUGCUGAACAGUAUAGUGCUAAAAAUGGCAAUGAAAAUGGACUUACCGGGUUUGAAGGUGGGUGAAUAUAAAUGGGCCUAUAGAGGGGCAAGACCCUAUUUCUCGGGCAGGCGUUUCAAUUUUGCUUAAGCUUGGCCUUAGAGGCACGCCAAGGCCUUAUGGAGUUGGUCCAAUCUUAGGGGUUUUAUUUUAUCAAAGUUAAAAAAAGUGAAAAUUGAGUGGAAGAUUUGUAAUGCAUUUUUCACUGAAAAUCUUCCACCAACUUUCCAUUUCUAAAAUGUGUCAAAAACGUGUUUUCAGGCAUUUUAAGACAUUUAAAAAAAUGGAAGUUAAGUGGAAGAUUUUCAGUGCAAAAUACAUUACAAAACUUCCACUCAACUUCCACUUUAAAAAACGUGCCAUUUUGAGCCUUGUAAAGGAAACUUUUACCAUUUUUGCAUUGUAAACAAAGAUGCUAUUAUAAAAUAAAAAUUUAGGAACGCACGACGAGAACGCUCCUUAUGAAGGUGAUGAUCAUAAUAACCAUGGCUUUGAUCCUCGUCAAGGUCAAGAAAAGUCGGUGGUUCAAAAUGUCCCUAGUGACCUUCAGAAUGGUAAGAAAAAUAUUUUUUUUGUUUUGUAAAGUAAGUUCUUGCCAUUUUUUGUUUUUUAAAAAAAGCUUUUGCCAUUUUUCCUUUUGUAAAGAAAGUUCUGGCCUUUUUAUGCCUUGUAAAGAAAGUUUUUGCCAUUUUACAAUUAAUACUAUUUUUUCAGUCCCACAGUCCCAGAACGUGCCAAACCCUCAAAAAUCCGCCCAAAAUUAUCAAAAACCAGCCCCAAAUGCUCAGGCCAACAACUCACCUAGCCCAAGUUCCCAGAACUCCAAUUUACCACGCCCAAAUCAACAAGCCAAUUCACCCCGCCCAAACCAACAAAACCACAACUUACCCCGCCCGAGUGCCCAGCCUCAGGAACAUCAAUUCGAAUUCGAUAAAUCCGACGAAGAAAUCGAAGAGAAUCUGGAGGGUUUGAAGCCGAUUCCACCGGAAAAAGACGGCUUCCAGAUGCCGAAUGACAUGUAUACUGGGGCUGAUGGUGACGAUGAAUAUCAGGAGAUACCAAUGUUACCUGAAGAUUAA